CUGUAAGUAUUUUAGCUGGUCUUUGAAAAAAAUAAGUAGGGGUUGCUUGAGAAUUACAAAUGAGGUUGGAACUGCCCAUGCGUGCUGUUUGCAUUUUUAUUUUGUUGUAACAGCUUGGCAGUGAUCAAAGGGUUAAACGGUUUCAUUUCUUCCUUGUAAAGUGGUGGGGGCUGAGACACAAGAGGCUUGGCUGGGAUCUUUAAACACCUCCGGCUGAGAUAAGCACACACUGUGUUUGCUCAGGUACAAAAGGAGUGCUUAUAAGUAUGGGUGGAAGUCAGUGCCGCAGAUAUUUCUUGCGGGCCUCUCUCCUCCAGAAGUCCGUGCACCUCCACGCUUGCUGACGGCUGCUGUUGCUGCUGCUGCUCACACAGGGACGGCUACUCCACUGGUCACCUCACUGAUGCAUCAAAGUUUGACAGAGGCUGGCUCUCCCUGGCACGUCUACCCGAGGACUCCUUACCUGGUGUACAGGUGCGUGCCGCGGCAUACAUCCUGAAACCUGGGAAAAACACAACAGAAAUCUCUUCAGUGCACAAAGGUGACAGCCUAAUCUCUUACGGCAUGCUGUUUUGAACUGUGCAUCGCUACGAAAGAAAGAAGGAAAUCCGAGAGGUAACUCCUCCGCGCUGCCCUGAAGGUAAUUCCUUCAGACCUCCUAUUCUGCGGCUGCUGAUGGUGGAGCUGACUGGGCACAUCUGCUGGAGCUCCACGUGCUCCCAACAAUUCACAGUCUGCAGGGUGGGGGGCGCAGGAACGCUUCUGUCACUACAUCCCUCUAAGGACACCAAGGAGAUCCUGUCAGCGCUAAGAGCAUGGGCACCCUGGAGAGCAGCAGUGCCCUGCAUCCAAGUCGGAACAGCCUGAGCUCACUGACCUUGCUUGAGAAACAAGAUGGGGGAGCCUGGGAGUUGGCGGACAGCAGUGGCGCGGCUGAGCCUUCUUGCUAUGAUGUGGUUUACAGUGAAGACCCUCACGGCUGGCUUCUCCGUGCAGCACCCCCCAGUAAGGAGCCUGAUCAGUGUCCUGUCAUUGACAGUCAGGGACUGUGCCUCAGCCCGGAGCUGGACUGCCAGAUUGAGGAACGCUCUUUGGAGCAGGUGCAGAGCCUGGUUGUGGGCGAGGUGCUCAAGGACAUCGAAACGGCAUGCAAGCUGCUGAACAUCACGCCAGAUCCAAUGGACUGGAAUCCUGGCAAUGUUCAGAAGUGGGUGCUGUGGACAGAGCACCUCUAUAGACUUCCACAGGUGGGCAAGUUCUUCCAGGAUUUGAGUGGCAAGGAUAUCUGUGCCAUGACAGAGGAUGAGUUCAGACAAAGGUCCCUGCUCUCUGGAGAUGUGUUGUAUGCCCAUCUUGACAUAUGGAAGUCAGCUGCGUGGAUGAAAGAAAGGACAUCACCAGGAGACAUCAAGUACAAUGCUAUUGAUGAGGUGUGGGCAUCAACAGAAGCAGAUUCCUCCUGUUCGGGGCAGCCGAUUCACUUGUGGCAGUUCCUGAAGGAGCUGCUUUUGAAGCCACACAGUUAUGGCCGAUGCAUUCGUUGGCUGAAUAAGGAGAAAGGAAUCUUCAAAUUUGAGGACUCUGCUCAAGUGGCCCGUCUCUGGGGAAUCCGUAAGAACCGUCCGUCCAUGAACUAUGACAAGCUGAGCCGCUCCAUCCGGCAGUACUAUAAGAAGGGCAUCAUCCGCAAGCCCGAUGUCUCUCAGAGGCUGGUCUACCAGUUCUGUCCAUCCCGUAUGAAAACACAGGGAAAGCAUAGGAACUAAGAGAGCAUGCCCUGCACAUGGACCAGGCAGGGCUGGUAGAAUGUGACAGACUGCCACAACUUCUCAGCUAGCCAGGGGUUAAACCCCCCCAACCCCAUUCCAACUCAAAAGCAAGACUUUUCAGUAUAAGUUUUGGAACAUCAGGAAAAAUGACUGUUUUUGUAUUGUUCAAUAUUUUCAAAUUUUUUACUGCCAGUUUUGUUGACUGUUUUCUUUUUUGUUACCAAUGAAGUUUUGAAGCUCCUUUGGCUGUCUUUAAAACCAAAAGACAAGAUGAGACAAGAAGUGGAAACUGAAGAAGCUUGCUGAAUCCUGCCAUGCAGCCUCCUGAUCCUCUACUCCUCCCUUUACUCAUGUUCAAGGAACUCUUUAGGAAAGGAUAGGAGAGGCGUCUCCAUUGAGAUGAAGGAAUUGGAUCUCUUGUGUCGUAUACAAGACCCCCGUAGUCCACAGGGUGGCCAGUGAACCUCGUCAUCCAGUUCUUCCCAAGUGACUUUAAUGGAGCG